AUGCUUGUCGCCUUGUUCCAGGGAGAGAACGUCAAACCGACGCAAUUGACGUACGCCUGCGCGAAAAUGGAAGUCCGAGGCACGGUUGACGAGGUCGCCGAGCUCUUCUACCCCGACGACGAGCCAUUAGCCAACCUCCGGCGGCUGUUCCCAGCCAGACCUGUUGGACGCGCAGACGAUCUGCGCAAGCCCCCCGGCACUACAUUUCCAUACAUUGGAUGGCGUUUGAAUCACCGUCGCCCGUGA